AUGCCUGUGGUGACAGAGAAAACGCAUUUCCCUAUUGUUUUCCUUUAUGCGGCUUUGGUCUCCAUGUCCCGUAAAUUGUUGGAACAUUGCAAGUAUCGGUCCUUCAACUGUUUUGCUUGCAAUUUUACAGCUCCUGCUCUUUGUGCUGCAAAGGAGAUGAGACCUGAAACAUGUCAUGGCGAAAAUGUGUCCGGUGGUGAAACCACAGUUCCACAAUCUAAAAUUCAUAACCAUUUGGAUGCUGCUUCCGGAACCACCCAGGAUGAAUCGGAACCAGCAGAAAGACAAGAUCCAACCCUUCAGGAUAUGUGUGAGUUCGAAAGACUGAAGCUUCAGAUGCAAAUGACUAAUGAACUUGUAAAGAUGAUGUCAUCAUUCAAUCUUAGUUAUAUGUCUGAAGCAGGUGACCAAUUGCUGGAUUUAAGGACAACUAAGCAAAAUUGGAGCCGUGAUCAUCCACCGGUGUUUGUGCAAAAGAAUGGAAGUGAACAAACGUCAAAUGUGCUUUACUUUUACAAUUUGUCGCUGGGGACUUUUCCAAACUUCACCAGCACUAGCCAUGCCCACCCUCUCAUCUUCACCGCAAAAAAGAAGGAACUGCCUCCUAAAAUUACUCACCCAUCUCACCGCAAACACCCUCUUGUCCUUUUGACUAAUGCACCUCCUAUCAAGAGAUGUGUUUUUCCCAUUUAUGCAAAAACCGUAUUAAGGAAUUUAUUAAUCAUUGUUCGAUUUGCGAUUUUGGCCUCAAGGUUAAAACAUAUUUUUUCAAGCCAGCUUGAAAUUGGGAGCCAUGAACACCCAUUCAACCGUGUUUCAAAGCCAAUGUCAUUCAUUGGUGAUGCUUGUGGCACCGGUGAAGAUUGUAUCCCGUAUAUAUGUAAGACGUGUAAUCUUGCGGUUCACAAGGAAUGUUUUUCACUACCAAAAGUUGUCAAAAUAACUCAUGUUCAGCCAAUUUCCCAUACAUAUUUUCUUUGGGAAAAUGAGUGUGAAAGGAGGUGGAUUUGUAGAAUUUGUUAUAAUGAAGUACAUGCAGAGUAUGGGAGUUAUUAUUGCUCAGAUUGCAAGUAUAUAGAUCAUGAGAAUUGCGCAAUUGACAGAUACUGGUUGGAAGAGAUGGUUGAAGAUCAAACACAAAAUGAGACCUUGAGAUUGAUUCUCGAAGACUCAAUGACUUCCACAGAGGAUGUAACAGCCACCGAAAUCAAACAUUUCAUCCAUCAACAUAACCUGCAGCUUAGCGAGGAGAUAAAGAGUGAUAGAUAUUGUGAUGGGUGCAUGCGAACCAUAACAGGUCCUUUUUACUUUUGUAAGCAGUGUGAUUUCUUUGUUCAUAAAUCGUGUGCUAAAUUGCCAAUGAGGACGCGAUAUUGGCUUGAUGGACGCCUAUUUGUUCUCUUUCCAUAUGGCAUUUUAAAUUGUCUUCUCUGCAAGCUUUACAGCAGUGGUUUCAACUACUACUUUGAAGAAUUAGCACAAGGUGUCUGCCUUCGAUGUUUUGCUCUUUCUGAUACCCUUGAACAUCAAGGACGUAGGCACCCCCUCUUCUUUGAUAUCAAGUAUAAAGGAAAUUGUAGUGCUUAUGGGGAUAAAAUGCAUGAUGGUUACCGAUGUAAAGAUUGCAAUUUCGCAUUGCAUUGGGCAUGUAUUUCACUACCACAGACAACUAAGCAGAAAUAUGAUGAACAUCCUCUGACACUUACUUAUCAUGAUGGUGAUGAUCCAAGUCAAUAUUAUUGUGACAUUAGCGAAGAGAAAAGAGACCCAUCUUACUGGUUUUAUUGUUGUCCAGAAUGUAACUUUACUGCCCAUCCCAAAUGUACUCUUGCGCAAUACCCUUUUAUCAAGCGGGGGAUAAAAUUCAGACACGAGGAUCACCCACACAGUAUUGUUUCCGUACAACACGUUUGCUUAGACUUGGGUGUUGAGUGUGAAGAACCGGAAUGCACCUAUAUCAGCCACAUGAAAAGCUUCCAGUUGUCAGCUUCUAAUUUCAUUCCCAUUCAAGACUGAUGAUGAAAAAGACAGGUUGCAGGUGACAACUGGUACGUGAUCAAA